GUGCAGACAUUUAUUGUUUGCGUUAGCAACACGCCUGUCACCAGAAGCGAUUUACGAUGGGAGCUGUUUGAUCGUAGCACACAAUCUUUGUCAUAAAAUCUUCAAUUGUCUGUCGUUAGCAUCUUCCUGUUUUUUCAUUAACAGAACUGCCUUUGGCCUUAUAGUCUGUCCAUUGCUGUAAAAAAAAAAGCUGACUGGAGUAUUUUUGCUGCUUUGAAGAGGGCUAUUGUGGAAAAAUGGAAUCGAUACCGAUAUAUGGUUGGCUAGUCGCACUAGCAGCCGCCAUGGGUGGAUUUCUCUUCGGCUAUGAAAUGGGCGACAUUGGGCAAGUAAUGGGCAUGAACAGCUUCGGUGUGGAAUUUGGCAUCCGAGAAGACGAAAUGCUUAAUGUUACCCUAGACGACGGCACACUCCUCAAUGGCACCGACGACCGUCCCGCGAUGCAGUACGAAAACGGUACACUCUGGGUGGACUUGGAUGGUUCCUACCUGGAACUGACCAACAUUACCCUGCCGCGGCUGCCGGAGACCCAGGACGCCCCGGACAUCAUGGGAUCCAUCCCGUUUACCUUCCUGGUCGGCUGCAUCGCGGGCGCCGCCUGCGCCUCCAUUCUGGCUGACUUCCUCGGCCGGCGCUAUUCCAUCUUCACCGGUUCCGUGUUUUAUAUGGUAGGUGGGACCAUGCAGACCGGCUGCAGUCAUCUGGUUACAUUGUACAUCGGCCGGGUGGUCUCCGGUAUUGGUGUGGGACUGAUGAGCGCCGUAGUGCCGUUGUACAUCUCCGAGACAUCUAAGACAUCCAUCCGUGGACGGUUAAUCACCACCUUCCAACUGAUGACGGCUUUCGGGGUGCUGGUGGCCUGCUCCGUCAACGCGGCGAUUCUGAUGGUGCUCCGCGGGGAUUUGCAGUGGCGGCUAGCGCUGGGAAUGCAGCUGAUUCCGGCGGCGGUUCUGUGGCUGCUGAUUAUCCUCUUACCCUUUUCUCCACGCUGGCUAAUUGAUCGUAACCGCGAUGACGAAGCGCUUAAGACACUGGCUAAACUGCGCAACCUGCGGCCGGAUAAUGAGAAGCUCUUGGCCGAAUUCGCUACCAUCAAAGAGAAUGUAAACUAUGAGAAGACAGUGGGUAACGCCACGUGGCUGGAACUGCUACAGCCCGGCAUCCGCAAUCGCGUGGCCCUGGGGAUAACCCUGCAGUUUUUCCAGCAAUGGACCGGUUGCAACGUAAUGCUGUAUUAUGGCGGGAAAGUGUUCAGUGCCAUUGGGAUGCCGGUUAUUCAUGCCUUUGUCACGCUGAUAAUUCUCAAUGCUGGAGUUAAUUUCCUCUCAACAUUUUUUGCCAUGUGGUUAGUGGAACGGAUCGGGAGAAAACUGCUGCUGGUUAUUGGUGGUUUUCUAAUGUGUCUGUGCCAUGCCCUUAUCGCAACAUUUCUCGGGUUGUCGGUAAACGUACAAGAGGAUCUGGUAUACGGCGCAUUAGUGUUCAUAUACUUGUUCACCAUGGUCUUUGCUGCCACCUGGGGUCCCGUGGUGUGGGUGUACCAGUCGGAGAUCUUUCCCAUGCGGGUGCGCGGCAAAGCCACGGCACUGUGCACAAUGUCCAACUGGACGUGGAACGCUAUCGUUUCCAAAUUGACACCCAUUAUGCUGGAAGAUAUAGCGUAUUAUACCAACGUGGUAUUUUCCUCUUUCUGCUUAGUAAUGGCCAUUUUCGUAUUGAUUUUUGUGCCGGAGACUAAGGGAAAGAAUCUUGAGCGCAUGGAUGAAAUCUUCGGAUCCAUCCCGGAAGCAGAAGCUCACCUGGACAUUAAUCGCAACAAAAAGAUUCGCAACAUCAUGGCACAGGAAGCCGACAAACUGGACGGCGAGCAGCUAUAUGAGCUGCAACCAGCCGCUCAAAAAGUCGUAGUGUGAGGUAGCAUUUGCUGGUGCACAAGCUGAAUUUGUUGCUGAUCUCAAAAAUAAUGAUACCUAGGCCUUUUGCUUGCUCUGUAAGGAAAUAUUGGACGUGCCUGAAUUAAGCAAAGUUUCGUCGUUCAGUCAUUUAAAGAGCGUUGUACUGCCUGUGUUGAUUCACAGCACAUACUCAAUCCUGUAGGGAAGUGACAUAAUU